UCAAGACAGGUAAGAAAAACAGGCGAGUUUCUGCUGUGAAAAAUGAUGAAAUACCGACAUCUAGUGGAGGAAAGUGGGAUGUGCAGCUACCGCUUGGUUAAGCUGGUUUUAACUGGAUGUCCAGUGUGCAGAAACUGCUAACAGAUGCCUUAUUGUUACAUCCUCGGCUGAAUUUCCAGUAAUGCGCCUCUACCGCUGUGUCCGGGCUUUUACACCGACCUGAUCCCGCUGCAGGUACGUUAGCUCCGCUGCUGGCGGUUAGCCUCGUCAUCAACCACCGCGGCUAGCCUGGAGCUGUGGAUGUCAGCGGGACCAACGGAUGACAUGGGGCGGUAUUUCUACAGUGAGGUCCACAUCAAGAGUCCAUGGGAUCAGGUUCUGGCUGCUUUCUGGCAGCGGUACCCAAACCCAUACAGCACUCAUGUCCUCACUGAGGACGUCCUGUACCGAGAGGUCACACCCAGCAACCACCUGUUGUCACGGAAACUGCUGACCAAAACCAACCGGCUGCCGGGAUGGGCGGAGCGCAUCUUCCCUGCCCACAUGGCCCGGGCCGUCUAUGUCCUGGAGGACUCCAUCGUGGACCUGGAAGCAAACACCCUAAUCACCAAGACCUGGAACCUGAACCACGACACUCUGAUGACGGUGGUGGAGCGCUGCAUGUUCGAACAGGACUGCAGUCGGCCCACUUGGACCAAACUGAGCCGAGAAGCCUGGAUCUCCUCAUCUCUUUAUGGACUGGCCCGGCCCAUACAGGAGUUUGGCCUGGCCAGGUUUAAAAGCAACCAAGCUAAAGCCAUGAGGGGGCUGGAGUACGCUCUGUCCAGGAUACAGACUGAAGCUCCUCCCCAUCUCCAUGACGACCAGGGAGCAUCAUCAGAGAAGCACAAGCCCCUCCCAACGCAAGCCCCUCCCACUUCAACCCAGAAACCCAAUCAGUUUGUUUGACCCAGGAACUUUUAAUAAGUAGAAAGUGCUGAUCUGAACCUUUUGGUUCAGAUCCGAGGGGGAGGGGCUUCAAACCUACCUCGGCUCUGAUUGGUUACGUCAAAUUGUCCUUUGUUUGCUAUUUUAAUAGAAUCAUUGUCAAUGUUUGAAGGGAUUUUUAGUUUUAUUAAUUUUUUUGGACAUUACGUAAUUGUUGUAAUUUUUUAAUUAAACACAGAGAAACAAUUUAUUUUUGCAUGUAUCAUUUUAUUUCAUUACUCAUUCAACACCUUUCUUUAAAUGUUAUUGUUUUAAAAGUUUCUAAAUGCAUUUUAAGUAGUAUUAAUGUUUUUGUAAGAGAAAAUAAUAAUUAUGUCUUUUUCCUAUUAUAUUAAUGUAAACAUAACUGUUCAGAUUAUUUUUAUUUCAUAUAAAAGUUAAAUAAAUGUGAAAUACUGUAUUAGGAUCAGACUGUUAUGAAGAUGAAUUCAUCUAACAUCUGUUGUCAGUUGACCAGAUUUUCUGGUGCUCAGCCUCUGAUAUUAAACCAUGAAGACGACA